CAUUUAACACAACCAAGCUUUCUAGUUUCUACUACAAAAUAAUAUUUGUUUGUGUUCUAAAUAUUUCUGGCUAGAGAUGGUGACUGUGAAUGAGUUCCGGAAGGCUCAGCGGGCUGAAGGUCCGGCGACGGUGCUGGCGAUCGGAACCGCCACGCCGCCGAACUGUGUCGAUCAGAGCGCGUAUGCGGAUUAUUAUUUUCGCAUUACUAAUAGCGAAGAUAAACCUGAGCUCAAGGAGAAGUUUAGGCGGAUGUGUGAAAAAUCGAUGAUAAACACUCGUUACAUGCACUUGACCGAAGAUUUACUGAAACAAAAUCCGAGUUUCUGCGAGUACAUGGCCUCAUCGCUUGAUGCUAGGCAAGACAUUGUGGUGAAUGAAGUCCCAAAGCUGGGGAAAGAAGCAGCUCUCAGGGCCAUAAAAGAAUGGGGUCAACCAAAGUCCAAAAUCACCCACCUUAUCUUCUGCACCACCAGCGGUGUCGAUAUGCCUGGCGCGGACUUUCGCCUCACCAAGCUCCUCGGGCUCCGUCCCUCGGUGAAGCGGUUCAUGAUGUACCAGCAGGGCUGUUUUGCUGGUGGCACGGUUCUUCGUCUGGCAAAAGACCUGGCUGAGAACAAUAAAAAUGCUCGUGUGCUUGUGGUUUGCUCUGAGAUCACUGUGAUUACGUUCCGGGGGCCUAAUGACACUCAUCUUGAUAGUUUGGUUGGGCAGGCCUUGUUUGGGGAUGGAGCUGGCGCGGUGAUUGUGGGAUCAGACCCUGUAAUUGGGAUCGAGAAGCCCUUGUUUGAGAUUGUCUCUGCUGCACAAACCAUCCUGCCUGACAGUGAUGGUGCUAUCGAUGGUCAUCUUCGCGAGGUUGGCCUAACAUUCCACCUCCUCAAAGAUGUUCCAGGCCUAAUUUCAAAGAAUAUAAGGAAGAGUUUGGUUGAGGCGUUUAAGCCCUUGGGGAUAUCUGACUGGAACUCAAUUUUUUGGAUUGCUCAUCCAGGCGGUCCAGCUAUACUAGAUCAAGUCGAAACAGAGUUGAGCUUGAAGCCUGAGAAACUAAAGUCUACUAGACAAGUUCUCAGGGACUAUGGAAACAUGUCAAGUGCUUGUGUUCUGUUCAUUCUGGAUGAGAUGAGGAAGGCUUCGGCUAAAGAUGGACACAGAACUACCGGAGAAGGACUUGAUUGGGGUGUUCUAUUCGGGUUCGGGCCUGGUCUUACUGUCGAGACUGUUGUUCUUCACAGUGUGCCUACUUAAGACCUUGGUGUCAUAAUUUGCUUGUGAUUUGUGAUGUUACUACAUUUGGUUUAAUAUAUAUGUAAUUGGAUUGUGUGUUUAUUAUGUAACAAUACUAGUGAUUUGAUAAAUGGAAAUAAAUAUAUUUAAGGAA